GCUACGUUCAGUAGACGCGCACCAAAGAACAAUGAAUGGUUGGUUGGCCCCGUCGUCACCGGGACGACUCGCAGACGCCACAGCCCGAGCCUGUGCCACACGCUGCCGAGGCUCCACCAGCACCAGCAAGAUGAGAACGUCAUCUGCGCCUGCGCCACGUCUGGUGCCUUCUAGGCUUUCCACUGGUUUUCAAUAUCGCCGCUCUGCUUCGCUGCAUCCAACAACGUGUGCUCUACUCCUGCAUCAUAUCCUCUGCUUCUUGCGAUACCCCUUUAAUUUCAACAAACACUACCGUUGUAUCUCUCCUCCGCUUUCUUAGUCCUCCUUUAAACCCUAGAACAGCUCUUGUGUCCAUUCCCCCUCCUCCUCAUUGCGAAGCCACCAUGGUUGCCGAACUUCCAUAUGCCCUCGACGCCGAGACGUUCGUCCCGCCUUGCAACCCUCCACCCUCCGUUCUGCCCGUCUAACAACUAUUUCUAGGUCUCUGUCUCCCGCCGAACUCAACGUCUUGCGCGCCCAAUAUGAGAAAGAAGGAGAUAUGGUUGGCAUCCAAACCAAAUUCAACUACGCCUGGGGCCUCGUCAAGUCAAACACUCGAGGAGAACAGCAGCUCGGCGUCCGACUUCUCUCCGAAAUCUUCCGCAUCGAGCCCGAACGACGCCGCGAAUGUCUUUACUACCUCGCCCUAGGAAACUACAAGCUCGGCAACUACGCUGAAGCCCGCCGCUUCAACGACCACCUACUCGAGAAGGAGCCUGCUAACCUCCAGGCAUCUGAUCUCCGUCAGCUCAUCGAUGACAAGGUUGCCAAGGAGGGUCUUCUCGGAGCCGCCAUUGUCGGUGGCAUCGGCCUGGCGGCAGGUGUUGUCGGUGCGUUCUUGUUGCGCAAGAAGAGGUAAAUAUCUUGCAAACACUUCCACCAGUAACCGCAACACAAAUGUAACACAUCUCACUUGUGCCCAUGUGCAGUGAGCAGUGAGCAUAUCUGCAUCACAUACUAUCAAAGCAUCCAAAGCCGGCAACACAGGCUAUAAAAAGUACAGCGAAUCGCCCCUUUUUCACAUGUUUGUAUUUGUAUUAUAUCAGAACCUUGUAAAUAGAAUCUACGAAUGAACGAGUAUUCUCCCUCGCUCCCUCAUCAGUCGUUGUUAUGCGUUCAUGAACAUGUGUACAAGCUGUUCAUCUCCGUCCUACGUCUACGCAGCUCACACAAAUCACGCAGGUCAAUCAAAAAAAUAUGUAAAACAGGGAAAUUUUUGUUCUCAAAGUAUUUUCUUCUGAUCAAAGGCUGUACAUUUUGGCAUUGCUGACCAUUGUGGUAUAACACCUUCUCCCACCUGUGCACCUUCACAAGAAAGACUUUUCCGGUUGAAUAAUUAGAUACGGAUUCAUGAUUAAAAUAAAAGCUGACCUGACAAGGCGACGAAAAACAAACAAUGAAAGAAAAGUGACAGCGUUGAGCCGGUAUUGUAUGGCCACGAGGAACACCCAGGAUAUGGUCGUACAGAGAGCAAGAGCAAGUCGUGAUGAAAUAGAAGCAAGGUGCAGAGUGACUAUCGCAGAGAGAAUCCCUUGCGCUUGCCUUCCUUCUCGAGGGGACGGCCGCUCUCGAUGCGCUGCUUCUUGUCCUCCAGCUCGAGGCGUUGGCGGUCGAGCUGCUCCUUCAUCUCGCGAUGGCGCGAGUACAGCUCUUCUUCCGAUUGCUUGAGCUUGCUCUCCUUCUCGGCAACCUUUUGUUGGAAGACCAUCUUCAUUUCGGCCUCCAUCUUGGCUAGCUUCUGUUCGUGGAGGGCACGCUCCUCCUCCUGCUUGGCGGCAGGGUUGACCUCCUUGAAGACGCUGGAGUCCUGGGAGACACCCAUAGCGAUCAACUUGUCGGUACGGUAGUUCUCGUAGAGGUUGUUGUUAGUGUGCUCCUUGAGCUCUUCCAUGUGCGUGCGGAUGAGCAUCUGGCGAAGCUUGACGAAGUCGCAGUGCUCCUCGUUGUCAACCUCAAUGACACCCCAGGGGUACUGACGACCGCGGACCUUGCGGCCAUCAGCAGUGGCGAUCUCGUUCGUGGCGCCAACGACAGCAAAGGGAACCUUGGACAUGAUUUCGUUGUUCUCGGCAAUAGUCUCCUCAUCAUCGAGUUCGUAGCGAGGACCCUCGAAGAUCUGAAUGCCGUGGUGCUUAAUGUCGGCCAAGAUCUAAAAGACAGUUAGCGUUUUUCAUUCGUACCAAUAUUUCCAACAAGCUGAGUUACUUACUCUGGCCUUGAAGCUGGUGAUUUCCUCGUCGGUCAAGGUAUCAGACUUAGCAAUGACGGGAAUGAGGUUGACCUUGGUGUGAAGGCGGCGCAUAACCUCAAUGUCAAGAGGCUUGAGAGAGUGGCCAGUAGGCUGAAUGAAGAAAACACAGGCGUGGAUUCUGUUGUCGACAAUGUUCAUUCUGUUGACCUUGUUCUCGGCGUCAAGGUAAGCAUCGAAGCGCUGCUCAAUGUUGUCGACAAUAGGGCGCCAAGACUCGUCGUUGUUGACAAAGUCACCAAAGCCGGGAGUGUCCACGACGGUAAGACGGAGACGGACACCGGCCUCUUCGAUAUCAGCACUGAUGGACUGAAUAGUGACAGUCUUGGGGAUGAUGUCCAAGCUAGGCUCCUUGCGCUCCUUGGGGGGGUAGAGCGAGGUGUUGAACAGAGUGUUGACGAGGGUAGACUUUCCGAGGCCGGAUUCACCUAGCAGGUAUUAAUACAUAGGUAGGCUUAGGGGCGCUGUCCAUAAAACUACUUACCAACAACCAUAACGUUGAAGUUGAAGCCCUUGCGGACGCUCUUACGGUGCCACUGAUUGGGCAAGUUGGCGAAGCCAACAUAGCCAGUCAACUUUCUUCUCACGAUAUUUCUGGCAUCCUGAGCCAGGGAGGCAGCGGGGGCUUCUAUAGAAAUCAGUUAGCAUUCCCUUUUCUGUGUCAACUCGUCUGUAGCAUACCGAUAGCUGGCGAGGGGUUACCGCUAGCGGCUACGUAGAGUUAGUAUCAAGACAUGAGCAGACUAUUAUAUACAAGGCAGGUCAAGAAUGGCAGGCAAGUAGACAGGCAAGGCAUGUGGUGUAAUGUCGGGUUCGCACCAUUCUUUGUAAGAGGUAUGCUCUGGGCCCGAGCGUAAAACUCAUCAUAGGACAGCGGGUUCAGGGGCUCGAUGGUCGGCGGCUGAUCCACGACAAGCAUGCUCCUAUAUUGCCUUUGAUCUUUUGCUUUCGCAUCAGCAACUGGAGUCGCCUGGUGAAGCGGCGAAUUUGGAGCGGUGCUCUUUUUGCUGGGGACAUCACCAUCUGGUGCAGAGUCGUGGAUUUCGGCCACAGAAGCAGAUACUUCAUGCUUUUCGAGUUGGAUGUUUUUCGCCUGGCAUUUGACGUUUUUCGUAAUCUCAAUAGCCAUUGUUUAUGAGAGGAAAAAUAGCGUUGAGCAAGGGGCAGCGGAAAAUAGAUGGCGGGAUACCAAUAGAAACAGCAAAGGAACUGUAAGAGUGUGGAACGAAUGUCGAGGUGGGUAGUUGAGCUGAUGAAACUCUGUCGAAAGAAAUGGUGAUUGGCCUAAACAGCUGCUUCGAAUGGUGAUGCAAGUUGACUCAAGCAAUCCCAGUUCAGGGACGGCCAGCGGCCACGAAUGCCGCAUACUAUACGCUGCAGGAGCUGUCCGUCCGUAUGUCUGCCGUUGCCAAGAUUGCUGCCUUGUAUAUGAAUAGCAAAAGGAAAUUGAUCUUACCCAUUUUGCAGUGUUACGAAGAUUCGGUCGGUACUGUGUGGUAGGAAGGAGCAGUUGCUGGUGUCGUGGGUCAGUAAGCCGCUAAAAGCGUGGGAUCAUGACGAGGGGUAGCGAUGAGCGAGCAAAGAGAGCCAUUGCUAACAGUUGGAGCAGCUGCUGAACCGCAAGCGGAUACCAUCCAUGGAUUGCAGAAAGCUCUCUUAUCGAAUUGCUAGAUGGGAGGGAAUAGGUGGCUGGCGAUGUCGCUGGCGUGAAGCACCACAAUGUAGCUGGGUUGCACUUACCGAAGCUCGCGCGAGUCGAGGAACUUGGUGGCCGUAAAGGGGAACCAAGCCUGAAAUUGAGGAUGAAAUAAACGGCGGAAGCAGGAAGAGCGGUUUGCUCUGAACCGUGGCGAUGGUGAGAGGAAGUAGCGAUGAGGAUGAGAUCGGGGGAAGAGAGAAGGCGAUGGUCAAGGCCAGCUACCAGGAAAGAGGAAUUUCGGGG